AUGGAGCGCGGCGGCGAAUGGGGCUGCUCCCGGCGCCGGCGCCGGCGGCGGCGGCGGCGGCGGGCGGAGGAGCCGGAGGGCAGCCUGGCGGCCGGGCUGCAGAGGCGGCGGCUGCAGGAGGCCUGCUCAGAACUGCGGAGCUCAGAGUUCUGGGAUUCACACCUGCGAGCCCUCUUCGCGUCCCUCAGAAAACACCUGGCCGUGGGGCAGCAGCCAGCCGAGCCCGUGGUGGAGCGAGCCCUCGCUGCCCUGGAGAAGCUGCAGCUGGCCGUGCCAGCCCCCGAGCCCCGGCCCCUGGCGCCGCAGGAGGCCGCCAGCGGAGCGCCGGGCCUGCGGUGCGUGUGCUACGGCAUCGGGAGCUUCUCCGCUUGCGUCAAGGCGCGCGACCAGCUGGCCCUGCUGCUGCUGCUGCUGCAGGAGCUCGAGAUUCCGCACGGCCAGUGCUGCGUGUUCGACCCCGUCUUUUCCGUGCUGGAAAUCGAAGUCCUUCGUGAUCUUGGCCUGACGGUGCUCCAGGAAAAUGAGGAAGGGAAGCGGCCCAUCCACGAACCCACCGUCUUCUAUAUGAUCCACUGCGGGAAGGCUCUGUACAACAACCUGCUUUGGAGUAACUGGUCUGUGGAGGCCCUUUCUAAAAUGGCCAUCAUUGGGAACAGCUUCCGGGGCAUCCAGGAAAGGGUGCCGAGCAGGAUAUUCCACAAGGAUUAUAGUUACAUCGCAAAGGUUUUAACAGCAACUGCUGAAGAGGCCUUUCCUCCUUCGCGGCAGUACCUGGAUGUCUUUAACGACACCUCCUUCCACUGCUUUCCUUUGCACAAACUGAGGGGCCUUCCUCCCGAGAUCUGGAAGGCCCAUGAGGAGCCGGCGUACUCGGACGAGGAUCAGCUAGAAAUCAUCAGGAGCAAGCAGUGAUGUUGUGUCUCCUCCCAGGAAGGCAGGGAUGGGCUGCAGCCUCCGCUCUGGCUUCUGAGUUCCCGGGCAAGGGCUGCCCUGGCGGGACAGAAGAGCCGAGCUGGCUGGCCGCCCACAACUGGGGGACUGCCCAGCCACAUGCCUUGGGCUUUGGUCUGAGCCAUUAGCAGAGUUCGGCAGCAGUCCCCGCGGAACCGAGGACACGCAGGCAGCCCGUGCCGGCCGCAAGGAUGCUCGGCGGGGCUCCGCUUCUCACUCUUGCGCAACAGGCCCUUCCCAGGGAGGCUUGGGAUGCGUGAGGGCCAGGCACAGCGGCCCAGGUGUGAUGCUCCUGCCUGCUUUCAAAGAUCCUGCAGUUGCGUCCCAGGCAGCUUUUUCUCAGAAGGCAAAAUUCUCCAAAGACCUUGAGUGUUCGUGGAGUAUUUUAAUAAUAAAAAAGCCCAGGCAAACCAAA